CCAAAAACGCUGUGACACACGAGAGGUACACGCACGUCGAUGUUCCUGGGACCGUCCUUACCUUCCAGCAGGCUUUUUCACAUAUUUUAAACCUUUUCGAUUUUGCUUUCGCGUCUCUGAUCCCGUGAAAAUGGUGUCCGUUUUGAAUACCGUCGACACCGGCCACGAGGAUAUGAUCCAUGAUGCGGAAAUGGAUUAUUAUGGUUUGAAGUUGGCUACCUGCUCGAGUGACAACUCGGUAAAGAUAUUCGAUUUAAAGAACGGUACUCAAAGUCUAAUUGCCGUUCUCAAAGGACACAUUGGUCCCGUAUGGCAAGUCGCAUGGGCGCAUCCCAAGUUUGGAAAUCUCUUGGCGUCUUGCAGCUAUGACAGGAAGGUGAUCAUCUGGAAGGAACUUGGAGAAUGGACAAAGAUAUACGAACAUACGGGUCAUGACUCCUCUGUCAACUCGGUAGCGUGGGCACCGCACGAGUUUGGCUUGAUCUUAGCUUGUGGAAGUUCAGACGGAUCGAUCUCCAUCCUCACAAAUACCGGAGAUACUUGGCACGUGCAAAAAAUCACAAAUGCGCAUACCAUUGGGUGCAACGCUGUCAGCUGGUGUCCAGCAGUCGAUUCAGGCAUCGACAUGAAUGCCACCCAACAAAGGAUUGGACCCGUUAAGAGAUUGGCCACCGGAGGUUGCGACAACUUGGUGAAAAUAUGGAAGGAGGAGGGCGAUAGAUGGAUCGAGGAAAAUAAACUGGAGGCGCACAGCGAUUGGGUACGAGACGUAGCCUGGGCACCAGCAGUUGGCCCGUCCAGGGCCACUCUGGCAUCCUGUUCGCAGGAUCGUCGCGUAGUCGUGUGGACGUCGAAUGAUUAUGCCAGUUGGACGCCAAACGUCCUCAACGUUUUCGACGACGUGAUCUGGAACGUCAGCUGGUCAUUGACAGGCGGCAUCUUGUCGGUCAGUGGUGGAGAUAAUAAAGUAUCGCUCUGGCGCGAGAACUCUGAAGGACAGUGGGCAUGUAUUUCCGAAUUGAACAAGGAUCAGGGAAAUAUGAAUACAGAUCAACGCGUACUCUAAUAUUGUUAAGUAUAAAAAUGUAAAAUAAUGAUACGCUUCGUGCAAAUAAGAGUUGUAAAUUACCACGGCUUGUCUUAUAUGAAGUAAAGUUUUGAGAGAACUCCAGAAUUGCACUAGGAGCUGUUUGUUUUCCACUAGUAUUUGAAUAUUCCAGCGUAUUUAUUCAAAAUACAAUAUAAUCACGUUUGCCCGAUAAAUAAACCACUCUAUUAAAAUUA